AUGCAACUUCAAUUGGUUUUGUUAAAUGUGACCAACAAACCUAUGUCUGCACGCAAAAGAAAAGAAACAUCGCCAACCAAUAGUUCAGGACCGUCAAAACGAUGGUCAUCAGCUGCCAACACCCCCCUUGAUGGCCUAAGGUUGUCUUGUGGAUCAUUUUUAAAUGCCACGAACAGCCCAGGUCAUCCUUCACUUUUUAAAACUCCCAAAAAAUCCAGAUAUAGUUAUAAAAGAUAG